CAGUGUAACGGGAGAAGACGUCGCUUUACCGGAGUUUUUCGAGGGAUUUUCUACGUUAUCUCUUUUAAAAUUGCGAGUUAUUUAAAGCUGGUGGACCUCCUUCAUUGUUACAAGUGACAGUUGCGUGUUUGUUUCUAAAAUGGAAACGUUUAAAUGAGUUUCGGGCCAUGCCGGUGGAGUAAAGGGAGUGUGACGGGAGAAGAGGAAGGAGGAUUGGGACACCGUUGAGAGGGUUUUCAAAGAGGAAACCAUCCCAUACUGAGCAAACACCCGUUAAUGCGGACACAAACACCAUCGAGUCCCGCUAAUUAGCUUGUUUGGAGUUCGUUUCAAGCUAACAACUGUUCAGUUUUGGGGGUUUUGAUGCGGUCGAGUUUGAGUCGAGGGGGUUUCUCUGCAAAUGACGUGGAAUAGCACGAUGAGCAGUGGUUACAGUAGUCUGGAGGAGGACUCCGAAGAGUACUUUUUCACAGCCAGGACCUCUUUCUUCAAAAAACCCUCUGGAAAAAUCACAGAAAGCAAGGAUGUGGAGAAGGAGAGAGAGCUGCGGACAGAGCUCAGCCGGGAGGAAAUCAGGCAGAAGAUCGAGCAGUACAACACGCUGACCAAUGACCACCUUAAAAUGACUCUUGGUCCUACUGGUGUGUAUACUGGUUUCAUCAAGGUCCAGAUGGAUCUGAGGAGGCCGGUGACGGUGCGGGGGGGUCAGAGAGGAGCAGGAGGAGCCCUGGUGCAGGAGGCUUUCUAUCUGCCCAGAGGAGUCACCAACACCCUCCACAUCAGCUCCAAUAACACAGUCAGACAGGUGAUAGUCGCCCUGCUGACGAAGUUCACAGUCGCUGACAACCCGGCCAAAUACGCCUUGUACAAACGCUACCGCAGGGAGGAGCAGGUGUAUGUGUGUAAGCUGGCGGAUGGCGAGCAGCCGCUGUUCCUUCGUCUGGUGGCAGGACCCGACACCGACACACUCAGCUUCGUACUGAGGGAACAACAGACUGGAGAAGUCAUGUGGGAUGCGUUCUCCAUCCCCGAGCUGCGCAACUUCCUGCGGAUCCUCGACAAGGAAGAGGAUGAGCAGAAGGAGGCGGUGAUUCGCCGCUACGAGGCCUACCGCCAGAGACUGCAGGAGGCGCUGAGGGAGGUCAGAGGGCCCUCUUAGAGGAUUAACCCCCAGUGAACAGGACUACUGCCCCCUAGAGGGACAGAGGAGGGAUUUUUUUUCUUCCCUGCAGAGAAGAAAACUAGUGUAAAUUUGUGAACGCAGAGUGAGGAGAGAGGACCCAGCGCCUGGAAGAAGGGAUGAAACAGACAGAAAGAGGGAGGAUAUAAACAGAGAGACAGCAAGUGAAGGAUGAACGGACAAAAUCUGGAUGCUGGAGUUUGAUUCAUUCCGGAUUAAAGACUUCAAACUGCUGCCUGCUCACACCAAAGAUUCACUUCAUCGUGCCAUAUUCAUUCAUCUUCUCUCCCUCUCUUCAUCCAUCCCUCUCUUCUUACUCUUCUCUCUCUGUCCUGCUGUCACAUAAUUUAUCUGAUUUUUCCCUCUUUUCUCCUUUUAAACUUGUGAAAGACUCAAGGCCAUAUGUUGAGUUAGAGUUUUAUUUAAUUUUUGUUUGUUUUAAAGGUCUGUACAUAUUUUCUUUCUUAAUUUAUAUGGGUGAAGCUUUUUAUUGUUUUAUUUUGUUUUCCUGAAAUGACAAAAGUCUUAUUUUAGUUUAUUGUACAGAGGCGGAGCACCGAUCUGGUUGUUGACACAGACACGGAGAAUAGUUUAUCCAGACUGCUACUAGAGGUAAACACACAACAUGAGUGUCAGCUGUAGCUACAAAGACAAGACGGGAAUAUCAGAUCAUUUAGAGCAGUGGUUCCCAACUGGUCCAGAUUUCUCCUGAGUCAUUAGUUCAAGGUC